AUGCUCCGCUGCAGCAAUGCCACUGCUCUUCGAACGCAGUUCUCACGAAACAUAGCCUUGAGGGUGUCCACAUCUUUGGACUCACCAUGGACCAGACUGCCGCGGAGGGCUGUUUCGCUCGCUUGCGCGACGACUACACGAGCACGAGCAGGACCAAAUGGCUCCCGAAGCUUCCCAGCAGGAACCUCACGACCGUACUCCGAGAACUCAGCUCCUGAGAAGUCUACUCCCGGGAAUCCUGUCCUCGAAACGCAAAUGCCGCCGACCAAUGAGGCAAUAGCGCUACGAGAUCUCGGAGUACCAGAACCGGGUGUGCCGAGUGGUAGAAAAUCGCCUGUCCGUCCCAGAGGUUCAGGCCCCGACGCCCUGAUGCUCAUUGCAAUGAAUAAGGGAGAGUCAGUCGCGAAAAAGGCAGUCGAAAUGGAGCUGGCGUGGCUGAAAGAUCGCACGGUGCUAGCGGAGCGGGUGCAGAGGUUGCUCAAACAGGAUAAUAUCGCAUUUGCGGCGGAGCUUGUGCGGACCGCGCAGCGUCGGCACUAUGAUACCCAGGGGGCGUGGAAUGCGAUUCUUGCGUAUUGCUUCGGGAAGGGACAUGCAGAGGCGGCGUUUCGGUUCUGGAAUGAUAUGAAGAAACGUGGCGGAAAACCUAACUCCUUUGCGUAUACGACUAUGUUGCGUGGAAUGGGUCAUGUAGAUAGAACACCCCAUGUCGACCCUAUGUCAAUGGCUCGGUCGAUUUAUCAGAACAUGCUCGACCCCGACAGUCCUGUCGAACCUACUCUCAUCCACCAUAACGCGAUGAUGACUGCGUGUGGACUCCACGGAGAUAUGAACCUGCUAUGGGAGAUUGCUGGUUCCCUCCCCGAGGAAGGACCGGGAUCACCGGACGUCAUUACAUAUACGAUCAUCUUAAAUUCCCUCAGGAGACAGAUUCAAAGGCAGGCGGCCAAGCUCGGAGCGCACGAAUACGGGGCGGAAAAGACCUUCAAUGCGAGGCUUUCGGCUAUUGCAGAGGGCAAAAGGAUUUGGUCCGAUGUGGUGUAUCGAUGGCAAAAAGGAGAGCUCGAAAUGGAGAAGUCGAAUGAGCUUGUUUCGUCUAUGGCUGGCCUUCUCUGGGAAGGUACUGGAGAUUGGCACCUAUUCGAGGUGCUCAAGCUUAUGCAUCAAACUACCGGAAUCCCCAUUCUGGCGAAGGAGCCCUCGCGACAAGUCCACAUCGGUUCGCGUAGAGCGCAUUCGCGACAAGGCACUCCGCUCGUGCCAGAAGAGCGCGAGGAUGUGCCGCUUGUGGAUCGAAUGGGCAGGAAACUCGAGGACAUGACCCCAAAGCGUAACCCCGAGCCCGCCGACGAGCUGGAGAAGGAGGAAGAGGGGGACUACGAGCACGUUUUCGACAGUUUCUUACCGUCUAGUGCGAAACCUUAUGCCGCAACCCAGCCGGCAUCUGAACAACCCGAGCUCAUGCGCUCAACACUCCGGAAAUCUGUAUACUCACGACCGGCGCCUCAACAACCGCCACCCCGCUAUACUUUGCCCAAGGAGCCCGAGGAGAAAGGCCCUAGAUAUAUGCCUAUAGGCAACAGAGAGCUGUCUAUAAUCAUGGAGACGUGCCUGCAGAUGACUAAUGCUGUGCAAAGUGGAAAAGCAUACUGGAAUCAUCUAACGAAGGAAGAUAACGGAUACCGGAUCACGCCAGAUCGCCGCUCAUUCAUUGGGUAUUUACGCAUCCUCCGUGUUGCUCGGCAAAGUCGUCUCUCUCUGGAAGUCAUCCGAGAGCAGAUGAUUCCGCAGGGCAUAGAGUCGGGUUUACCGUUCCACAUUGCGAUGAGCACCUGCCGCCGUGACCGCAACAAUCUCAAUGUCUUUAAGCACGCUAACGACCUCUUGAAACUUAUGGAUGAAUCUCUCAUGAUUCCCGACCACCGAGCCAUGUCCAGUUACCUGGAUCUCCUCAAGGUCUUGGAAGACAAUCCACAGCUCCUUAUGGGUCUGAAUGGCCUUGACCCAUCGAAACAGUCCAACCCCAAUUUCCAGCACAUGCGCAAAGAACUCGUCGUCAACCUACAAACAGUGGCCGCAGACAACCUCCGCCCCCUUGUUUCUACGCUUGACGAUGCGUUGGAGGCUUCGUUAAAGGGCAGACCUGACUUGUCUGGUCGGCACGGCGUCGAUCCUGAACUCCUCAAGUUACAGAAAGUCUCCGGUGACAAAGCUGUUGCUGUCCUCGCUAGAAUAAGGUCGCUGCUUGUUGCAAUUCUAAUGCCGAACAGAGAAAAUAUCCUGCCUAAAGAGGACCGCGAGCGGUUUGAAAAGGACGAGCUUCUGUUGCGCAAGUAUACCAAGGCCGAUGUCAUUGAGAAUUUCAGAAAAAGGAUGAUAUACCCAACUGCUGAACGGCAAGAUCUUUACUAUAAGCGCUUUAAACCUCAAAAUGAGAAUAUUUUUGAGGAGACUGAUGCGCUGACUGUUUACUAA